AUGCCUGUGCCACCACCUAUAGUGCAAGACCACUACGCCAACGACCGAACUAUUGCUCUUACAAAAGAAUUUAAGAAGAUGAAACCACCCUUGUUCAGAGGAGGAAUUGAUUUAUUAAAGGUGGAGGCUUGGGUACUUGGUAUCGAGAAAUUGUUUGAAGUCUUUCCAUGCACGGAGGUACAAAAAGUCUUGCUAGCUGCUUUUACACUAGAAGAUGGGGUGUACCGUUGGUGGAUGCUUAUUCAAGGAGAGCAUCAAGAGAUGAAUUGGGCUCAAUUUUUGAAGAUCUUCUAUGAGAAGUACUUCCCACAGAGUAUUCGAGACAAGAAGGUAAGAGAGUUUGAAAAGUUGAAGCAAGGGAACAAGACCGUAGCAGAGUAUGAAGCGCAAUUCACCGAAUUAGCCUGUUUCGCAUCGUACAUAGCCGAUAUGGACUACAAGAAGUUACAAAAAUAUGUGAAUGUAUUAGAUCAGACCAUCAUAGUAGAAGGUAACCAAGUCAACCGCAAUCGGUACUCGGAUUGGAAGGUCAAAAGGUAA